AUACAUAACACAGAACAGGAACCUGGAUAUCUGUGUGUCUGACUGUGGAGCUAGAUCAGUAGUAGUGGUCAAUCAGGCAGGGAAACUGAGAUUCAGGUACACUGGACAUACUCCUCCUCCAAAGAACCAACCAUUCUAUCCACUAGGAAUCACCACAGACAGUCAGAGUCACAUCCUUACAGCUGAUUAUUACAAUAACUGUGUCCACAUCAUAGACCAGGAUGAACAGUUCCUCCGUUACAUAGACUGUGGACUGAGUUAUCCCUGGGGACUGUGUAUAGAUACAAAUGACAAUCUGUUUGUUGUUCAAAGGGGAAAAGUGAAGAAAAUCAAAUAUCUGAAGUGA